AUGGGCAACCGCUUCACUGGCGUAACAGCUCUUGCACCAUACCUUGAUUUGUGCAAUGCUAUCAUCAUCUCGCCCGAAUAUCGCCUAGCACCUGAGCACCCAGCACCGAUCCCGUUCGAGGACGCGUAUGCAGUACUCAAGUGGAUUGGUGAUAGUCUUGAUGAGUUUUGUAUUGACCCAACUCGACUUCUGCUUGCUGGAACCUCUGGAGGUGGCGCAAUUUGUGCUGGAGUGACGCUUUUAGCUCGUGAGCGUGGUGGCCCCAAGGUGUGUGGCCAACUGCUCGUUGCACCCAUGCUGGAUGACCGUUGUGACAGCGUUAGUGCUCGUCAAUUCGAGGAUGAAGGAGGACAUUGGAGCAGUAGAAGCAACCAAUUUGCAUGGGGCUGCGCCCCAGAACGGGCAGCAGACCUAUCGGGUCUCCCGCCUACGUAUCUAGAAGUGGGGUCAGCAGAAGUGUGUCGAGAUGAAGUUGUUGCGUUCGCGAGGAAGUUAUGGGAAUGUGGUGUGCAAGCGGAGCUACACGUCUGGCCAGGUGGGUGGCGCAACUUCGCUGCCCAUGCACCCGAUGCUGAUGUGUCCAAGAAGGCACUGCGUACGAGACACCAAUGGGUCGAGAAACUCUUGAAGAAGUCUUGCUAG